AUGCAGCUGAAACUUGCUGCUGAUCAUCGGUCUGAGAUCUUGAUGCUCGGUAUGUCAGGUUUUGACGCUCUGGGAUCAAAGAAAGACAUGCCAGUGGAUGGUGAGGGUGUAGAACCUGAUAUCACCUCCAAGUUCCAUAGCCAAGAUAACGAGAUGUCAAUUCCAAGAGUGAUGGGAGGGCAAGGCAUGCCGACAGAUGUCUCCGCACAGCUCUACAGAACCUUUCGACCAGGCAUGAAGUUGAUCCUUAGAGGACGAGAUCAUCCCCGGAGCUCCGAGAUGAAAGAGAGAGCUCAGGGAGAUCCCAUCGGGUGUAUGAUAGUGGGAGCAGGAAUGCGCGAUGGACCCAAGGAUGCUUCAUCGCAGGGAGAGUUUUACCUUGACUGUCAAUUCCUUGCUGUGCGUGCAGACAGGCUGUGGGCCCUGGUCGUCUCAUUUCGCGUUUCUGGAUUCAGCGGAUUUGUAGAGCACGACUUUCCGUUAGUCCCUUUGACAGACGAAGCGACUGAGAGAAGGAUGGCAGAUCGAUUCGAAGCGCUGCAGGCAUACCAUCAGGGGUGUCAUGCGUUCGAGUAUCCUCGUUCCGCUUUCUUGCCGUGGGGAUCGGAGGCUCCUUCGUCUUCCCCGCACGGCAGAAUUGUGCUAGACUCUCAAGAGAGCCUCAAGUACUUGGAGGGUGCUACAUCCUCGAAGCAUGCAGGUCAACAAACGAGGGAGGAAAGCGAGGGCUCCUUGGGAUACUACUUUGAGAACCUUCUCUUCCAGCUACUCCAUCAUUUCUGCAUCAACGACGACAGGGUCGCGGUAGCAAAAGUGCGCGUUCUCCCAUCAUCCUGGCCGAGGUCGCCAAUGGAGAAAAGAGCCAUGCAUGAGCUCCGCUCGUGUGCAAUCCCAGUCGUUGCUGGCUACUCUCUCUCCCAACGACGAUGGGGUCAUGUGCUCAUCGAUCGUGUCUCCCCAGUGCUGUACAACAAUCAUGCUUUCCAUGAUGUGCUCAUGAGUCAGAAAAAGAAGAUCAUGUUGCUCGCUGCUGUUGAAGGACACGCACUGCAAGUUGGGGGAGGGGCAACGGUUGUCAUGCUACAUGGAAGUCAUGGAGUUGGGAAACGAUUCAUCGUAGGAGCGAUCGGAGACGAGCUGAAGCUGCCAGUGCUGAGGAUUUCCAUCAGUCAGCUGUGCCUGGAGCUUGAGACUUUCCGAGAAAGCUUGCUCUCUGCUCUAAGCCUCGCUACGAGAUGGAGGGCGAUGGUGUUCUGCGAGCAUGUGGAGUGCCUGUCUUCCAUGUCAGGCAGCCUGGACUACAUCUUCGCAGAGAUCAUCCGGUCUUAUGACGGGCUUGUGUUCAUGACCACGACACAGAUGUCGCAGUUGUCUUCUUGCUUACACGAGUGUUCAACCCUGACUCUAGAGAUCACCGAGCUCGAGGGCGAUGAGCUGAGUGCCAUGUGGGCGCGAGAGCUCUGCGAUACGUUGGAGCAAAUGAAGGCCAUUGGCAUCAUGCUGGAGGACGGCAUCGACUUGGUUCAGCUGUCGGGCGAGCCCAUGAAGCCUCGUCAGGUGAAGCAAGUUACUCGCGUUGCUGUCCACCUUGCAAGGACGGAAAGAAGCUCCUAUCUCCGUCAGGAUCACCUCAGGAGGGCUUUGUGCAUACAUUCUGAGCAGCAGGCCGAGCGGGAAGCGGCAGUCAAGUAA